UUGUAACAUACUUUCUUAUACACUGAUAACCUGUACAUUUUUCGUAAUUAUUUCAUUGCUAUUGAAAUGGGCAACGCCGAAAAUGGAAAGUCAUUAUUUAUGAAAUACUGUUCAACCUGUCAUACAUUCGAUAAAGAUGGCAAACAUAAAAUAGGUCCUAAUCUUUUUGGGAUCGUAGGCAGAUCAUGUGCCACCAAGCCUGGAUUCUCGUACACGGAACAUAUGAAAAAGAAAUCUUGUACAUGGGAUGAAGAUACUUUGAACAUUUAUUUGGAGAAUCCGAAGAAAUUUGUACCAGGUACAAAAAUGGUAUUCGGUGGCAUAAAGAAAAGUGAAGAGCGAGCAGACCUAAUAGCAUUUUUAAAGACAUUAAAAUAAAGCAAGGACUUCCAAAGAACGUGGUUCCUUACUGCAAUCGGAUAUUUGUAUAAAUAUGUAUCAUGAUUAUUUAUGACUUGAUAGUUACUUACUUGAAUAUCUUGAUGAGCUCCCAAGAUACAGAGAACGAAGCUGGAACCUGCUGCCGUAGUAUCGUGACCCUAAAAUAAGAUAGACGACUUUAUUUUCUGAGCUCUUUCUCUUUCAAUCAAUUUUACCUCGAACAUUAUGGUGUCGACUUCUUCUUUAAU